AUGGCUUUUUCAAUGUUACUUCGUUCACCAGUAUGCACAAACAAAGCAUUGUUACAGCAAGUUAUAAAGCUUGGGACACAACAGUCACUUGCACAGCGUGCUAUUUGCAGCACCCUUCCGGUCAAGGUACUUGCUGUCGGAGACAAUAAGACCACGCCUAUUCUAAAUGCGGUGCGUUCAUUCAGUACGACAAGUGUACGACUAUCUGAGAAGCCGCACGAUCACGCCAAAAUUUGGAUUAUUGAGAAACUGGUCUCUGCCGCCAUGAUACCAAUUAUACCUAUUGCUCUGUUAGCGCCCAAUAGGAUUACUGAUUCUAUCCUCGCGAUCCUCAUCAGCGCGCAUGCAUUCUGGGGCCUGGAGGCGAUAGCUGUAGACUACGUUCGCGCAAGCAUAUUCGGUCCCAUAAUCCCAAAAUUGGCCUUAGGCCUAGUGUACCUAUUCUGUAUUGCUACACUCGGCGGUCUAUUUUACAUCAUCACCCACGGCAAUGGACUUUCCAACACAAUCCUACAAUUCUGGUCAAUCAAGUCUGACUCUCAAAAGGCUUAA